AUGUUUGUCAGAGCACAGCUCAGGGGCAACGCGGACAUAAUUAGUUAUGUAAAAUGUACCAUAAGUAAUCAAGUUAUUAAUUUAUUACCCAUAACAAUUUUUAUUUUUGAUAAAUAUUUUUAUUUUGUAGCAUAUGUUACGAAAUCACCAAAAAGAUCUAGAUUAUCACCUGAGAGAAGACCAAUUUUGUAUUAUGGGGAGGGACCAGAUGUUGACUGCGAAAUAGAUGAUGAAUCUGAAAAACCUGAUUAUUUAAGUUAUAGUAUAAUACCAAAAGAGAUUGAAGAAGAAAUAAUAAAAGCUCAAACAGAAGAAAUAGAACGAGCCAAAAAAAAGUCAAAAACAGAUUUAUCUCUUGAUCAUGUUUAUAAGGUAAUACGUGAAUUAAAACUUCCAACAUUUCAAAGGAUUAUAAAACAAAACAAGUAUGAAUUGAUACGAAUAGCAAAACGUCGUCCAGAUCGGCAUCAUAUGUAUGUUACUCAACUUUUUUUAAGAACAAUAUUUAAUCCCGUUCAGAAAGUUUGGAUAUAUUCACAAAUAAAAGAAGUAUUAAAUAUCUCUCCGCAUGAAUUCGCUAAAAAUAAACAUGUAUAUACGGUACUAGCACCAGAAGUAGCACUAAUGAUUUUGAAAAAUAAAUUUAAAGAUUUUGCUAAAAUAUGUGAUGAAAAUCAAUUGUACGCUUUUACACUUUUAAAUAGUUCAUUUUUUGAUGACCGAUGUGAAAAAGAUUUACAUUGUCGAACCUAACAAAAUUAUAAUGUAUUAUACAUUUUUUGUACCUGUUGUAUGUUUUUUUUUUUAUAAUCUAAGUAAAUAGUAUGUAGUAAAUGGGAGUUUAUUUAUUUUUAUAAAAUUAUACUAAUUUUGAUUUAUGUAGUGAAGUAAACCUAUUUGUUUUUAUUAGAAGUGCUCGGAAAGCAUAUUUGACUAAUUUAGUAUGAAGACUGAACAUUGUGAAAUAAUUAGUUAAUUCGAAAGGCUAGUAAUUAUAUUGAUAUCCUCGAAAUAUAUUUAUAUUAAUAAAUGACAUUAUUAUAUUUAUAUAAAGAAAUGUGUUUUAAUUUUAACUUUCUAUUAUAAUUUAUUAUUUUAAAGUAAAAAAUAGUUAAUCUAUUAUUUUUUGUGAUGUGUUCUUUCUACAUUUCCAGCUAUUAACAAACUACUAACUAACAAAUAUUCUAAAAUCCUUAACUAUUCCAAAAUGUUUAUUGAAUGUAAACAAUUAUAGAAUACCUUACUUUUUGGCAUUUUAUAAUUAUAUACCUUCCUAAAUUUAUUUUAUUUAAAUAAAAUAUUAAUUGUAUUUAUAAUUAUGCCUUGGCAAUUUAUCAAUUACCUAGAUAUUUUACAGAAUUUGAAUUAUUAAUAGUUAUUAAGUAUAAUAUAAAAUAUACUUGUGAUUUCUAUUUUUUAACUACCUAUGCUUAUAUAUAAUUAUAUCAUGCCUUUUAUAAACUAAAUCCAUUACAUUGGCUAUGUUGGUUGGUUGUUUUUUUUUAGCUUCAAGGUUCAAACAAUUUUACCAUGUUGUAUUUUUGUAUUCUGUUUCAAGGAAAAAUUAAAGUCUUAUAAUAUAUAAUUUUUGUAACAUCUAUUAAUCAACUUAGUGAUUUUUACUUCUCCAAAUUUACCCAAUAUUUGUGCUUUUAUAUUUUUGAAUUUCAGUAUGAACUACUUAUAAGGAACCUUGUAUACAAUUGUUAAACUUUAUCUAUACAAAUUAAAAAUUAUAUACAUUUUUGAUUAUGAAA